CUUUUUUCCUUUUUUUUGCGUAUUUAUAUAACUUUGUAGAAUGAAUCGACCAAAGUUUUUUACAACCAACAAGAAAGGUGAAAACUAUGAACUCAAGGCUGAAUUGAAUAGUGAAUAUCGACAUGUACGAAAGGAUGCGGUGAAAAAGGUGAUAGCCAAUAUGACAGUCGGGAAGGAUGUAUCAGGACUAUUCCCGGAUGUACUGAAGAAUAUGCAAACUGAAGACCUUGAACUCAAGAAAUUGGUCUAUCUCUACUUGAUGAACUACGCCAAAUCACAACCUGAACUUGUCAUUCUUGCUGUCAACACUUUUGUUAAAGACUCGGACGACCCAAAUCCUUUGAUUCGCGCUUUGGCUAUUCGUACUAUGGGUUGUUUACGUGUUGAUAAAAUCAUGGACUAUUUGACUGAACCUCUUCGAAAAUGUUUAAAGGAUGAAAACCCCUAUGUACGAAAAACUGCUGCUCUAUGUGUUGCCAAAUUAUACGAACUGAAUCCCGAACUUACAGUGGAACAAGAUUUUGUAAAGGAUGUAAAGGAAAUGGUAUCUGAUAUCAAUCCCAUGGUGGUGGCUAAUGCUGUUGUUGCCUUGGCUGAUAUACACGAAAUCUCCAACAAGAAGGAUAUCUUUGUCAUCAAUGGCAGUACACUCAACAAACUUUUAAAUGCUUUGAAUGAAUGUACAGAAUGGGGACAAAUUGCUAUAUUGACGGCUCUUGCCGAUUACAAAGUGACCUCAACCAAAGAAGCUGAAAGUGUAUGUGAACGUGUUUUGCCAAGACUUCAACAUGCGAAUGGUGCCGUAGUAUUAGCCGUGGUCAAGGUUCUUAUGAUCAAUAUGCGUUAUCUCAAGGAUGGCAAUAUUAUCAAAAAUUUGUGUAGAAAAAUGGCUCCUCCUUUGGUGACCUUAUUGUCUAGUCCUCCUGAAGUACAAUAUAUUGCCUUGCGAAAUAUCAAUCUGGUUUUACAACGACGUCCUGAAGUUCUCAGCAAUGAAAUGCGUGUUUUCUUUUGCAAAUACAAUGAUCCUCCCUAUGUCAAAUUGGAAAAACUUGAGAUCAUGAUUCGUCUCUGUAAUGAUCGUAAUGUGGAUCAAUUGCUAAGUGAACUCAAAGAAUACGCUAAUGAAGUGGAUGUGGACUUUGUUCGAAAAUCGGUCAACGCUAUUGGACGAUGUGCUAUCAAGAUUGAAGAAGCUGCUGAAAGAUGUAUUAAUGUCUUAUUGGAUUUGAUCAAUACUGGUGUUAGUUAUGUUGUGCAAGAAGCCAUUGUCGUAAUCAAAGAUAUCUUCCGCAAAUACCCUCAUACUUACGAAGGGAUUAUUCCUACCCUGUGUGAAAAUUUGGAUGCUUUGGAUGAACCUGAUGCAAAGGCUUCUUUGACUUGGAUCAUUGGUGAAUAUGCUGAACGUAUUGAAAAUGCGGAUGAUUUGAUCAGCAGUUUCUUGGAAAACUUUAAAGAAGAAAACGCCCAGGUUCAAUUACAACUUCUCACAGCCACAGUCAAACUAUUUUUGAAGAAACCAAAUGAAAAUCAAGAUCUUGUACAACGUGUACUACAAAUUGCUACCAAUGAAUGUGAUAACGCUGAUAUUCGUGAUCGUGCUUAUGUUUACUGGCGAUUAUUAUCUACAGAUCCUCAAGCAGCCAAGGCGGUGGUAUUGUCAGAUAAACCUCCUGUUGUAGGUGAAGGAUCUGGAUUAUCACCUGCUCUUCUUGAUGAUCUCCUGUAUCAUAUUGGUACUUUGGCUUCUGUUUAUCACAAACCUCCAGAAACCUUUAUUGCCGGCAAGAAAUAUGGAGCAGACAAUGUCAAUAGAACUGUCAGCGAACACGCUAAUGAUGAAGAUGAUGCCACUGCCCCACCACCUAAAAUUCAAGAGGCACUCAAGAACAAUGAUAUUGAUAAUUUGUUGGAUUUGGAUUGGGAUGAACCUGCAGCAACUGGAACAUCACUUAUGGCUAACAACGAUAUGGGAGAUUUGAUGUCUCUUGAUGGACAAGGUUCUCAACAACAACAACAACCAACAUCUAGCAACAGUAUGGAUGAUAUUAUGAAACUAUACAAUCAAUCAUCUAAUACAGCACAACCUACAUUGAUGACUUCUCCUGUCUCCAGCAACGCAUUUAUGCAACCAUCACCGUCACCACAACAACCCACAUCCUCUCCAAUGCAAGAUUUGUUUGAUUUCUCUUCCAUGCCUCAACCUCAGCAACAACAACAACAACAACAACAACAACAAUCAUCAUCUACCAAAUCGGAUCCUUUUGCUGGUUUAUUUUGAAUAGUAUAGUUUUGUAGAAUUGUUGUUUUAGAAAAAUAAAAGAUUUG